UUCAUUCUACGGAGAAAAGCCGACAGCAUGUGAACGCCUCGAGUACUUCAAAGUACUCAAGCUCGCAAAUCCCCAAGAAAUGUUGGCGCAAGCAAAGCAGGGCAAGGCCAAAACACCCCAACUUUCUGGCACUGUUGUUCUUCUCUCUCUCUCUCUCUCUCUCUGUGAAUUAAAUGCGCUCUUGAGAGAGAGAGAAAAUCCAAUUCCUCCCUCAGAAACAGAAAAACCCCAAGAAUUUAAUGCAGCAGCUGAGAUUCCCACCCACCCUUUGCCCUCCAAAAUCCCUCCCCAAUUUCCUCCUCAUUCCCCUUCUUCUCCUCUUCGUCCUACUUCUUCUUCUUCUCCCUCAAAUGGACACUUUCACAACCUCACUUAAUCCUUCUCAUUCUUCUUCUUCUUCGUUCUCUUUCGCUUCCCUUUUGUCCCCAUGUCCCUCUUCAUCAACCCUGGCCUUGGCUACUCCAUUGCCAUCGCCCUCGCCUUCCUCGUCCUUGCUUCCACUCUCAUUCUCUCUUUCUACCUCUGCUGCCGCAACCGUAACCGCAACCCCAAUUUGAAUUCGGACCCGAAUCCGAACAUGAACCCAUCUGGGUCCAAUGCGGGAUCCGAGGGUAUUGUUCUGCCACGGGUGAUUUUUGUGGCGGAGGAGGAGGAUGAUAACGAGAGCGCCGUCGUGGGGCUCGACGAGAACGUGAUCAACUCGUACCCGAGGCUGCAGUACAGCAGGGGAGCUAUGGGUGUUGGGAGCAGUACGAUGUGUUCGAUCUGUCUGUGUGAGUAUAGAGAUUCGGAGAUCCUGAGGAUGAUGCCGGAGUGUCGCCAUUACUUCCACCUCUGGUGCCUUGACGCUUGGCUUAAGUUAAAUGGGUCGUGCCCUGUUUGCCGGAACUCGCCGCUCAUGACGCCGAUUUCGACGCCUCUGCAAGAAGUGGUGCCGCUCUCUCAGUACCCGGCUGAUCGGAGGCGACGGAGGUGACCAUUUUCC